AUGUCUGUUCCAUUGACUUUAAGUACACCUAUUUUAUAUAUUGUUUCAAACUUAGGUUCAAAGUGUUAUUCGAAUGUCGACAGAAACUACUAUGACCAAAAGAUACUUAUGCGUAUAAACAACACAUUCUCUGCUGGUUUGCCUAUUGUUCAUUCGAAUGCAGAGUUUUCAGCUUUAGUAAACUCAAACACUUUAGCAAACAUAAACUUAACCUUAGUUGACGCAAACUUUGUUCCUGUAAAACUUUUAUGUCCUAUGUAUUUGUCAAUGACGGCAGAAAGUUUCGAAUUGGAAGAUGCAACUGGUGAAAGUAUUGUAUUACAAGAACAACUUCAACAACAAAUAGCUCAAGAACAACAAAUGCAACAAAUAGCUCAAGAACAACAAAUAGCUCAAGAAUAA